AAUUACAAAUUUACCAUUGUAUCCCAAAAAAUCCACAUUAGAAAACCCCCUCCCCAGCCGAAAUCAGAAACCCUAGUUUCACAAUAAAUUGAAAUCGGGGCGGUGCUGGAGAAGAAGAAGAAGAAAGCAAGAGAAACAUGGCGGAGCAUUUGGCUUCUAUAUUCGGUACGGAGAAAGACAGGGUAAAUUGCCCUUUCUACUUCAAGAUCGGUGCGUGUCGGCAUGGUGACCGUUGUUCCAGGCUUCACACAAAGCCUAGCAUCAGUCCGACCUUAGUUUUAUCUAAUAUGUAUCAGCGACCUGAUAUGAUCACCCCUGGUGUUGAUCCUCAAGGCCAGCCCCUUGAUCCCCGCCAGAUCCAGCGCCACUUCGAGGACUUCUAUGAAGAUUUGUUUGAAGAGCUUAGCAAGUAUGGAGAGCUUGAAAACCUUAACAUCUGCGACAAUUUAGCUGACCACAUGGUUGGUAAUGUUUAUGUCCAGUUCAGAGAGGAAGAUCAUGCUGCAAGUGCUCUUCAGAAUCUUACUGGAAGAUUUUAUGCAGGACGUCCAAUCAUUGUCGACUUCUCCCCAGUGACUGAUUUCCGGGAAGCCACUUGUAGGCAGUAUGAGGAAAAUGUAUGUAACCGAGGCGGCUAUUGCAACUUCAUGCAUCUGAAAAAGAUAAGCAGGGAGUUGAGGCGGCAAUUAUUUGGGAAGAGUAGUAGGCGAAGGCGCAGCCAUAGUAGAAGCCGAAGUCCGCGUGGUAAUCGCAAUUUCGAAGAGCAGCGCCCACAGGGAGGCCGUGGUUUUGGUAGAAGAGGAGGUGGAGGAGGUGGUGAUCGCUACCAUGAUAGAGGGAGAAGGCCUAGAAGCAGAAGUCCUGGACGAAGGAGCGGACACAGCAGAAGUCCUGGGGGAAGGAGAAAUAGAAGUCCAAUUAGGGAAGGAAGUGAGGAGAGAAGAGCAAAGAUUGAACAAUGGAACAGGGAAAAGGAAGAGGCAGGAUCUGGGAGGAAUCAUGGCGGUGGGACACGUAGGGAAGACAGGGAAGGCAGUGCUGAGAGGAGGGCAAAGAUUGAGCAAUGGAAUAGAGAGAAAGAAGAGGCAGAUUCUGCUAAAUACGAUAAUUUUGACACUGACAAUGGCAGGAAUGAUGGUGGUGAUCACUAUGGAGAACAGUUUGAUGAUGAUUUCCCGAAGCAGCAGUAGGUAGAAACUGGAAGUGAUGGCUGCUAAUAGUAGUGUUGCUCUGGGUGGAGUACAGGUCCACUGUCCUAUGAUUUUGAAAAAAGCAUAACCCAUCUUUUGUCUUCUUUUUACCAAAUUUUAAAGUACAGGACUUUGUUUAACAGGGAUCAUAGUGAGGCCUACUUAGGAACACUGCCAUUUUUCCCGACUCUGAUGCAUCCGUUGCUUGCACAGUGAAGCUUGCAGUGCUCAAUUUUUCUUCUUAAUUUUUCCAAUGUCCUUUUUCCUGUCUCCUGUUGACACUAUUUAUUUCUAAUUUAGGGAACCAGCCAGCAGUAAUAUAGCACCUGUUAAUUGAUAGAACAUCUUUUAACUUUAGGGCCUUUGGUCAAAUGGUCUUUUCUCACCCUAGUUUAUUCUUCCUGAAAAUGAAACAUUUGAGUAAGUGAUUGGGAGUUAAAACAUAUCCCUUCCAAGAAUUCUGCCCACCUUAGAUUUGUUAGUUGUCUACAGGCAAGAGGCUUCUCUCUUUCUAGGAUAAAACAUAGAGUUUGUCAUUCUUAUAAGAUUGAUGUUAUCUAUUCCAAGCUU